AUGAUGACCUUUGGAAAUUUCUUAUGUUGCAGUGAGAACACCUUCUACCACCUUCUGCCCUUCUUGUUGGCUGUUCAUGAAAUCAAUCAGAAUUCAAGGCUCUUACCCAACAUCACCCUGGGCUACAACAUCUAUCAGAACUUUUUCAGUGCAAGAUUGACAUAUGAGGCCAUGAUGGACGUGGUGUCCACAGGGCAGGAGAACAUCCCAAACUACAGAUGUGGAAGACAAAAGAACCUGCUGGCAGUCCUUGAAGAGAUGGAUUCUGAACUCUUUGAUCAUAUUUCUAAUGUCUUGAGCAUCUACAAAAUCCCACAGAUCAACUAUAGUGUCAUCAACCAGAUUGCUGAGCAAAAUCAACAUUUUCCUUUUUCAUAUCGGAUGACCCCAAACCAAAAACCUCCCUACUCUGCGAUUGUCAAACUGCUCCUGCAUUUCCAAUGGAUGUGGAUCGGCCUCCUUUCUCUGGACAAUAACAGAGGAGAAAAAUUCAAAAGAAGUUUGGAAGCUCUUGCUCUAAAAAAUGGGAUUUGCAUUGUCCUCUCAGGAACCAUCCCAGAAGCAAAUAUGAAGACAAGUGCUGGAGAAACCUUCAUGCAAGAAAAACGGGAAAUAUUCCUUUCUCUUAUCAAGAGUCAAAUAAAAAUUAUAGUAUGCCAACUGGAUUUUAAGGCCUCGGGGAUACUAACAACAGUAAUACAAUGGCUUGAGAAGAGUAAGAAAUUCAUUGUGGGAAGAGUGUGGAUUGCAACAACUUUGACAGCUUUAAGUGUAGGUAUUUUUGACCACUGGCUUGAUCUCCAAAAUAAAUAUGCUUUGUUUUCCUUCCUCAUCCAGACAAAGAGAAGGACUCAGUAUUAUGACUUUACAUCUUAUACAUCUAUGGUCACCGUGUAUGGAAAGGAAGCAUUCCAAUGUUCCAUUUCAAGUCCUUUGUUAUCUAAGAAAGUUUGGAAAAAAUGCAAAGAAAAAGAGAACUGGGAAUUCCCACCCCAUGAUGUGAUUGCAAGAAUCCUCUCUCAGGAUCCUUCCAGUAUUUCCAAAGUAAUUCAAACUGUGGCAUGGGUCCUCAGUGCUGCCUCUUCCUCCCAAUGGAGUAAGAGGAGAAUGCAAGUUGGAUACCAUGAAUCAUCCCAGAUUGUACAGCCAUGGCAGCUUCAUAGAUUCCUGAAAAACUUCCAACAUCACAAUAUUUCCAGAGAUGGGAUUUAUUUUGAUGAAAAUGGAGUUCCUCUUGGUGACUUUGAUAUCAUGCACUGGACAUCAUUUUGGGAAAAGUCUGAUGCAGGGGUGAAAAUUGGGAGUGUAGAAAGAGAAGCCUCCUCGGAAAUCAAGAUUUCCAUCAAUCAGAGUGCCAUUCAAUGGCCAACAUCAUUUAACAAACUGCAGAAACAGAUACAUGCUAACAAUUUUUUUUCAGAUGCAUCCCACUGUGACAAGUGUCCAGAUGACCAUUAUUCCAAUAAGAAGCGAGAUCAGUGUGUCCCCAAAAGUAUAAGCUUCUUAUCCUAUGAAGAAUUGUUGGGAUUCAUCCUGGCUUUCUUUGCCAUUGCCUUGUCCCUGAUCACUGCCUUUGUUCUGGGAACUUUCAUUAAAUACCGAGAAACUCCCAUAGUCAAAGCCAACAACUGUCAACUCACCUAUAUCCUCCUGGUUUCACUCCUGCUUUCUUUCUUGACCUCUCUUCUAUUCAUUGGUCGCCCCAUAAAAAUGACUUGUUUUCUUCGACAAACCAUUUUCAGUAUUGUUUUCUCAGUUGCUGUAUCUUCUGUGCUGGCCAAGACGGUAAUGGUGGUGGUGGCCUUUCUGGCCACAAAGCCAGGCAGCAGCAUGAGGAAAUGGCUGGGGAAGAGUCUGGCCAACUCUAUUGUCUUAUCCUGCUCUACUAUUCAAGUAGGCAUCUGUAUGAUAUGGCUGGGAAUUUACCCCCCAUUCCCAGAUUCCGACUUUCAUUCCCAACCAGGACACAUCUUGUUGCAGUGCAAUGAAGGCUCAGUUGCCAUGUUCUACAGUGCCCUUGGCUACAUGGGUUUUCUGGCUGCCAUUUGCUUCUUGGUGGCAUUUCUGGCUCGAAAACUGCCAGGGAGCUUCAAUGAAGCCAAACUGAUCACCUUCAGCAUGUUGGUUUUUUGUAGUGUAUGGAUCUCCUUUGUACCCACCUACUUGAGCUCCAAAGGGAAAUACAUGGUAGCCGUGCAAAUCUUCUCCAUCCUGGCCUCCAGCCUGGGUUUACUAGUCUGCAUCUUUAUCCCCAAAUGCUACAUUAUUAUUCUGAGACCUGCCAUGAACACCAAAGAAAAUCUGAUGAUAAAAAAUCAUUAA